GCGCGUGUGUACGUGUGUGUGUGUGUGUGCGUGUGUCAGCUGCCUCAUCUCGUGUUGAUGUCGACCCGCAGCCACUGGGCCUUUCAGUAAAUAUUGAAAUAACGAAACUAAAAACACACGCAGACGGAACACCCCGCUUUAGAAGACGCGACCUGACCUGUCGGAGCAACUGGCUCGGUCCGACACGAUGAGCCAGCCUCGGCCGGACGAGUUCAAGCCUCCUCCGGAGUGCCCGGUGUUCGAGCCCAGCUGGGAAGAAUUUGCAGACCCGUAUGCAUUCAUCAAUAAGAUCCGUCCCAUCGCUGAGAAAACGGGCAUUUGCAAAGUCCGACCGCCUCAGGGCUGGCAGCCUCCGUUUGCCUGCGAUGUUGACAGACUUCACUUUGUUCCUCGCAUCCAGAGGCUCAAUGAACUAGAGGCUCAGACCAGAGUCAAGCUGAAUUUUUUGGACCAGAUUGCAAAAUUCUGGGAUUUGCAAGGAUGUGCCUUGAAAAUUCCCCACGUGGACAGAAAGAUUCUGGAUUUAUACCAGCUGAAUAGGCUUGUAGCAGAGGAAGGCGGAUUUGACAUUGUCUGUCAGGACAGACGAUGGACUAAGAUCGCAAUAAAGAUGGGCUUUGCCCCUGGUAAAGCUGUUGGCUCACACUUGCGAGGACAUUACGAGAAAACUCUUUACCCCUACAAUCUUUUUCAGAGUGGCGCAAACCUGCUGGCACCAGAGGCAGCUUCCAAACUGAUGCGUUUGGAGGCUGAUCCUGAGCUUGAAAAGUGUGUUCAAAAGCCAGUCCAGCCAGCAGAGAGAGAAGAAGGAGUCGAAAGUUUGAAGCUGGUCGACAGCAAGGAGCUCAUGCUGCAGGAGCCAGCAUUGGGGCAGUCUACUCCGAUGCCUGAUUCCUACACCAGCGCUCGCAGAGGAAAGCGCAUGAAGACUGAGUCUAUCUGCGUGAAAAUCGAACCAGGCGAGCCAGAUGACAGUCGGCCGAACUUGAGGAGGAGAAUGGGUUCUUUUGUUGCCAAGCCCGAACCAGAGAAAGAGAUUCCCAUUCUGGUUAAGCAGGAGCCAGUUGAAAGCAAGGAACAAGUCAUCGAAACAGACAAAUUCAAACAACGCUACAAGAAAUACACCCCCCCUGUUCCUCCAAGUCCAGUUGAUCUGGUCGAGUGUCUGGUGUGUGGCAGUGGGGGAGACGAAGACCGCCUGUUGCUAUGUGACGGCUGUGACGACAGCUACCACACUUUCUGCCUCAUCCCGCCGCUACAUGAUGUCCCCAAGGGGGACUGGAGGUGCCCCAAGUGUCUGGCUCAGGAAUGCAGCAAACCUCACGAAGCAUUUGGCUUCGAGCAGGCUUACAGAGACUAUUCCCUGCGUGCUUUUGGGCAAAUGGCAGAUGCCUUUAAAUCAGAUUAUUUUAACAUGCCUGUUCAUAUGGUACCUACAGAGCUGGUGGAGAAAGAGUUCUGGCGCUUAGUGGGAGCCAUCGAGGAGGAUGUUACUGUUGAAUAUGGAGCAGAUAUAGCCUCAAAAGAGUUUGGGAGUGGCUUUCCCAUUCCGAACGGAAAGUUUGAGGUUUCUCCAGCUGAUGAGAAAUACCUCAAGUGUGGGUGGAACCUCAACAACAUGGCAAUGAUGAAUCCAUCCGUUCUCACACAUGUCACAGCUGACAUCUGCGGAAUGACAUUGCCGUGGCUUUAUGUUGGCAUGUGCUUCUCCUCCUUUUGUUGGCACAUUGAGGACCACUGGAGCUACUCCAUCAACUACCUGCACUGGGGGGAACCCAAAACAUGGUAUGGCGCUCCCGGUUUUGCUGCAGAGCAGCUCGAAGGGGUGAUGACUAAGCUGGCUCCAGAACUGUUCGACUCUCAGCCAGACCUGUUGCACCAGCUUGUUACCAUCAUGAACCCCAACACCCUGAUGGCUCAUGGUGUCCCAAUUUAUAGAACAAACCAGUGUGCUGGUGAGUUUGUCGUCACGUUUCCCAGAGCCUACCACAGUGGCUUCAAUCAAGGCUUUAACUUUGCAGAGGCAGUCAACUUCUGCACUGUUGACUGGAUGCCUCUCGGUAGACAAUGCGUUGGCCACUAUCGCAUGUUACACCGGUACAACGUUUUCUCCCAUGAUGAGAUGGUGUGCAACAUGGCAGCAAAAGCAGAGACCCUUGAUGUGGUUCUGGCAUCUGCUGUCUACAAGGACAUCAGCAUCAUGAUCCUUGAGGAGCAGGAAAUGAGAGAAAAAGUGACAAAAAUGGGGGUAGUGCACUGGCAGGAGGCAAAAUAUGAUCAUCUUCAGGAUGACGAGCGACAGUGCCUCAAAUGCCGGACCACCUGUUACCUGUCUGCUAUCACCUGUACUUGCAGCCCAGGAAUGCUCGUCUGUCUGCAUCAUAUCAGCGAUCUCUGCUCCUGCCCAGUCACCAACUACACACUGAAUUAUAGAUACACACUGGAGGACCUGUUACCCAUGAUGAAUGCUGUGCGGCAACGAGCUGAACAGUAUGAUGAAUGGGCCUCCCGUGUGUCACAGACUAUAGAGGCUAAACUGGAAAAGAAAAAAGGCCUGCCAGUCUUUCGGUCUCUUCUCGCUGAAUCAGAGUCCAAGCUGUUCCCUGACAACGACCUGCUGCGUCGACUGCGUAUGGUUACCAAAGAUGCAGAAAAGUGCUCCUCCGUGGCACAACAGCUGUUGAACGGAAAGAGACAGACCAGGUAUCAAUUUGGCAAUGGAAAAUCCCGCAGCCAGCUGACUGUGGAGGAGCUGAGUUCGUUUGUAAGGCAGUUGUAUAACCUCUCCUGCAGCCUCACUCAAGCCCCAUUGUUGAAGGAACUUUUGAAUCGUAUUGAAGACUUCCAGCAGCACAGCGAAAAAGUCCUUGCAGAUAGGAUGCCCAGUGUGGCCGAGAUCAAGAAUCUGUUAGAUGUCAGCUUUGACUUUGACGUGGACCUGCCUGAGCUACCUCGCUUGAGGGAGAGGCUGGAACAGGCUCGCUGGCUCGAGGGAGUGGAGCAAGCCAGCAUCCAGCCUGCAACACUGACUUUGGAAAACAUGCGAAGGCUCAUCGACCAGGGUGUGGGUCUGUCACCGCACUCAUCUGUGGAGAAAGCUAUGGCGCACCUUCAGGAGCUUCUGACUGUCUCAGAGCAUUGGGAGGAAAAGGCGAGCAGUCUUCUGAAAUCCAGACCACCUCACUCCAUUGAGACCCUUAUUGCUGCUGCUGAGGAGGCGUCUAGAAUCUCCGCUCACCUCCCAAACUGCCUUCUGCUGAAAGAUACCAUCAGAAAAGCUCAACAGUGGCUUCAGGAAGCUGAGGAACUUCAGGCUAACGACCGCAUACUAAUGUUGGACAACUUAUCGAAUAUGGUGUUGCGAGGACAAGCUGUUCAAAUCCACCUGGAGCCUUUGGAUAGACUGGAGUCUCUAAUGACAGAGGUGCAAAACUGGAAGGAAUCUGCUGCUUUAGUUUUCCUUCAGAAAGACAUGGCCCAUUCCCUGCUUGAGGUUCUGUGUCCAAGAUGUGAAGUUGGAAACGAAAGUUCUCUCAAGAGGAAGGCCAAGAAAGGGAAGGAAUCACCUAAAAGUAAUAAUAAGAAAACCCUGAGACUUAACACCGCCAUUGAUUUGGAGAAAGUGCUUUCAGACGCCAAGGAUUCCGCCUCUGCUAAUACAACUCUGGAGGAGCUGCAGGUCAGGGAGAUGGAGGCAAUCUCUAUUUUAAGAGCGGCAAAUGAGUCGAAACUCCUCCCUACUGCAGACUGCAUGGACUUGAAGGUGUGCGUCUGUCAAAAGGUGCUCAUGGGAGCCAUGCUGCAGUGUGAACUCUGCAGAGACGCCUUCCACAGCGUGUGUGUCAGGGACAAAUUAGAUCUGAGUGAAACACAGCCGUGGCUGUGUCCACAGUGUCGGCGAUCCAGAAAGCCCUCAUUGGAAAAAGUUCUCCCUCUAUUUGAGUCCUUGAGGCACCUUGGGGUUCGCUUGCCGGAGGGAGACGCAUUGCAAAACCUGGUUGAGAGGACAGUUAAUUGGCAGUAUCAAGCUCAGGAAAUUCUACAGUCUUAUAAUUUGACUGAAGUGGAUAAUGAAGCAGAAUCACCUCCAACUCUGACCCGUUGUGCAUCUGGCUCCUCUGACAGUUACAAGAACACUCAGGCUCCUUAUUUGACUCCAGAGUGGAACAAGACAAAUCCUGCUCAGACGGUUUUCUAUACCGAGCAGAGAUGCAUUCCGCUGCAGGGCUUAAGUCAGGAACUGGAGGAGCUGAUGGUGGAAGGUCUCCUCUUACAGGUGUCAAUCCCAGAAGUCCAAACCCUCCACCAUGUUUUAUUGGAAAGAGCCACGAGCCAGUUCACAAUCACUUGCAUGUCUCCACGGCAAGACGACCCCACAGACUGCGAUCAACGUAUACAAUUUAACUCUCAGGGAAAAAAUAUCCAGGAUGAUGACAUGAGGGACCCUGUGUUUGUUCCAGAAAAGAAAGCAAAAAGGCAUUUAGAGAGGAAAGCUCUAAAUACUAAGGGGUCAGACAGAAAGCACUCUCACAAAAGGCAGAAGACAAAUAAAAAAGAAUUACUUCGCAGACAGGCGUCAAACUUGUCUUCAGCACGGUCUGAUAUCUCACAGUCGGAUGAGUCUGACGAAGACAUGGCGUUGUGUCCCGCAGAGAGGUGUCAGCUUCCAGAGGGGGAUGAGGUGGAUUGGGUCCAGUGUGACGGUAGCUGCAACCAGUGGUUUCAUCAGGUCUGCGUUGGAGUCACAGCUGAGAUGGCAGAGAAGGAAGACUACAUUUGUAUCCAAUGUGCACUGAGCGACUCUGAUGUGCACUGAGCGACAGACACAUGAGAAAAUGAAGAGCUUUUUCCCCGAAGGACAGUAGUUGAGGUGCCACUAGUCACACCCUGCCACACCUGUCCAACCUUUUUGUAACAAUGGUGCUAUCUUCUCUUUUACUUGUUGUUAAGAACUAUAUUGUUUAGAUUUUUUUUGUAUUUUUUACAUACAUAUUAUAUAUAUUUACUUCUUCUUAUGAAUUGUUUGUGGCUGUCAAAAUGAAAAAAAGGACAAAUAGCGCAGGAUAUGAUAUGUACUGCAUGGGAUAUCAAGAGUGUUAUGUUAAACACGCCCAGUAUAGUAAAGGUAAAAGAUUGAUUAAGGGUUAAAUAUUAUCUUCUCCAGAGCCUCUUUGCAUGCUUAGCAAGAUUUAAUAAGAAUGAAAUCAAGGUUUUCCCCUCUCUAACCUACUGUUUUUUUAAAUCCAAUGUUUAGUACAUGCAUCUUAAUAUAAUUAUUCCCAUUUUUGUUGAAUAGGUUUAUUUAUCUGAGCAAUACUUUGACAUAAAUGCAUCUCCAUCAAAUUGUUGGUGCCAUAGCAAUGAUGUGAUGUACAAAAAGUUACACAAAUGGAUUUACGCCAGCUACAGGGAGCUUAUGUAGCAGGUUGGAAGGAAAUAAUGCUCACAUGGCAGUGUGUAACUUGGUCUAGGAUGCUCAGUGUGGAUUUCGCAUAGUUUAUAUUGUGGAAUAAAUUCAUUUUGUUCUA